UCCUGAUGACGGACCCGGAUGUAUUUGUGUUUGUUUUCUAACAGUUUUUAUUCCUAUUGUGUUAUUAGGAUAAUUAUUCCAUUAAAAAAAACAAAGAAAGCGCAGAGUUUGGUGUAAGAUGAUCCCUGGUCAAACACAGUUGUAAUCUUUUUAAACACGUGUGUUUUGAGUUUCAGCUCUCGGUCUUUGCUCUUUUAUGCAAAUAUUAAAAAAAAACCCGAUGAAUUUACCCGGAAGUUGCAGUGUAACAGAAAACAAGCUCGCGCGCUGCAGUUCCUCUUUAUCGCUCCGGUGCGGCUGAAUGAGGCGCAGCUCCCGAAGCCCUGAUCCGCAUUUCACUGCGCUGGAACCCGCGAUCUGCACACCUCACAGAAAUCAUGGGUUGUAAAAAAUCCAAGCUGGACAAUGAGCAGAGUGGAGGUGCGUUUGGUGUGAAGAAGCGCGAGCCUGUGCAGCCUGAAAAAACGGUAUAUGUGAGAGAUCCAACCUCCUCCUCCUCUAAACCCCGCACUACAAAUAGUUCUCCUCCAUCAGGACUCCUACCCGGACAGAGAUUCCAGCAGAUGGAAGAGCAACAUGAUUCCGGCAAAAUCGUCGUCGCUCUGUACCCGUACGAAGCCAUCCAUCCGGACGAUCUGGGAUUUAAAAAAGGGGAACAAAUGAAGGUUCUUGAAGAACAUGGCGAAUGGUGGAAAGCCAAAUCUCUGAGCACAAGGAAAGAAGGCUUUAUCCCGUCCAAUUACGUCGCCCAGGCAAACACCAUGGAGACGGAGGAAUGGUUUUUCAAAGAAAUCACCAGAAAGGAUGCAGAAAGACAACUUCUAGCCCCCGCUAACAAACCUGGUUCCUACCUCAUCCGAGAGAGCGAGACGUCCAAAGGAAGUUACUCGCUGUCCAUCCGAGACGUGGGUCCUCAGGGUACAGACAUUGUAAAACAUUACAAAAUCCGGAGUCUGGACAACGGUGGCUACUAUAUAUCCCCCAAAAUCACCUUCCCGGAUAUUGUGAAAAUGAUUCAUCAUUACCACAAGCAAUCAGAUGGACUGUGUCGUAAACUCGAGAAGCCGUGUGAGAAGCCGAAAGCACAGAAACCAUGGGAUAAGGAUGCAUGGGAGAUCUCGAAAGAGUCCAUCAAGAUGGUGAAGAAGCUCGGAGCUGGGCAGUUCGGAGAGGUGUGGAUGGCGUAUUACAACAACAGCACGAAGGUGGCGGUGAAGACGCUGAAGCCUGGCACCAUGUCAGUCGAGGCUUUUCUGGAGGAAGCGAACUUGAUGAAGACGCUUCAGCACGACCGGCUCGUCCGUCUGUACGCCGUCGUCACCAAAAUCGAACCCAUCUACAUCAUCACCGAGUUCAUGGCUAAUGGCAGUUUGUUGGAUUUCCUGAAAAGCAGCUCCGGCUCCAGUUUACAGCUUCCCAAACUGAUCGAUUUCUCCGCCCAGAUUGCAGAAGGUAUGGCCUACAUCGAGAAGAAGAAUUACAUCCAUCGAGACCUCAGAGCUGCCAAUGUGCUGGUGUCUGAGAGCCUGCUGUGUAAAAUCGCAGACUUCGGCUUGGCCAGAGUUAUCGAGGACGACCAGUACACAGCCAGAGAAGGAGCAAAGUUCCCCAUCAAGUGGACGGCCCCGGAGGCUAUAAAUUACGGCUCUUUCACCAUUAAGUCUGACAUGUGGUCCUUUGGGAUUCUCAUCUAUGAAAUUAUCACCUACGGGAAAAUCCCUUAUCCAGGAAUGAGCAACAGUGAAGUCAUGACGUCUGUGCAGCGUGGCUACCGCAUGCCCCGGCCUGAAAACUGUCCCACCGAACUGUAUGAAAUCAUGAACACCUGCUGGAAAAAUAAACCCGAAGACCGACCCACCUUUGACUACAUGCAGAGCGUGCUGGACGACUUCUACACGGCCACCGAGGGCCAGUACCAGCAGCAGCCAUGAGCCACGUCCCUGCGCUUCCCGUGUGCGCCGACUGCACCCACAUUAUUUAUACUGCUAGUAGCCAUGCACUGGGAAGAAAUCAUGUAUACAUGUAAAUAGGGAUCUUUUUAUUGUUUUUGCGUCCACCAACUUGCUUACGUUUCAGCAAGAUGAAUCUGCUUCUUCAAAUUGAAGUUUUAUGUGCUUGCCUGUAAAAAUGGAGGACUGUUGUUUAAAGGAAUAUUUGUAUUAAUUAUGAAUAAUUACACAUAAAGAAAACCAGCAUUUGUGAUACUUUUGUGAUACUAUAAUCCAGUGUUGCUUCAUUAACCAGAAUUAUGAUUGCAAAUUGUAUUAUGGACUUCAUUACUAUUCAUUUUCAAUCUAUUUACUCAAUACAGUGCAUAACUGGUCUUUGGGUAUCAAUAAUAAUGCUAAUGAUUAAUGUGUGUGAAACUGUAGCUGCGAGUGACAUCAUUCGACUCCUAAUGUUUUUACUUUACAUUUUUCUUCUCCUGUUUAGUAGGCAAUACUGUAUAUAUAUAUAUAUAUAUAUAUAUAUAUAUAUAUAUAUAUAUAUAUAUAUAUAUAUAUAUAUAUAUAUAUAUAUAUAUAUAUAUAUAUAAUUUGUCACUCUGUUAAAAUAGAGCGGUCACAGCAUCGACACGUGACUUCCAUCCCUUAUGACAUUUAUGUAUUACUCAUUUAUGUUCAUUUAUGUAUUGGAAAUAUAAGAAAAACCCACAUCCCUAAUGAUCAGAAUAUUUUUAUCCAGUUUAGAUCCAAAAAAACGGAAAUUUCUCAAAUGAGUCACAUGAUGAAAUUGACUCCCUGCAACAGGAUGGAAUUCCCAACACUACCUGCUACACAAUCCCAUGUUCCAGUACGUGUGUAUUUAACCUGAUGACUGAUCCAUUUCCCUUCACUUACCAUCUAAUUUGGAAGAUUAAUUUAUUCUCGAGUUAUAAAUGAAAGAAGAGAGAUGGAGUCGAAUAACUGUUCAGCUCAGCAGUAAAACUAAACCAGGAUGUGAUCUGAUCCUACUUCAUUUCAAUAUCAGUAUCAAUACAAUAAUAAAUCACUUGUAAAUGUUAAAUUAUAAAUAUUUAUCAUACAUAAUCUAUACAGCAGUGGCCAUGGUUCCACAUCUCAGCUGAGCUUUCUGGGUUUUUAUAAACGUAUAAAUGUAUUACAACAUUAUUCGCUUUUAAAAACUCUACUUAUUGUAUUAUCUUCAAGGGAAAGUGUAAAGUGUGUAAUAUAAAGUACAUGGUUUUAGAUGCACUGAGGUUUGAGCCGAAUCACAGGGACACAUGGGUCCUGCAAUAACAGUGAAAAUAUCAACUUUUGAAGGACGACAGAUGAUCAAGUUGUAAUCCUGAUAUUGAAUUCACUGCAGGUGCUGUGUUGUUGUUGUUGUUGUUGUUGUUGUUCAGUUGUGAUUCAAUCUUCUUCUUUGCCAAGUUUAAAUAUUGUUUAUAAGAUUGUUUGCUGUACAUACAUUCACCUUGUAUAAUAAUGACACCUUUGCCUGCUGUUUUAAUAUGAAUGCAAUGUAAAUUUCAAACUUUUUAAAAUAAACUUUAAAAUGUG